GACUAUUAUUCUGGAAGGUGGUCAGAGAGUUAAGAUAGAUAUUGCGUUGCGACGGCUAUAGAUGAGAGCGCAAGUUCCACAGACCACUACUAACACCAUCUACCUCUCCAGGUCCAACCUCUCCUCCCCAAAGAUAGAGUCCUCGACUGCCGUCGCCGCUACUUCUCCCAUAUGGCCCCCUCCGGCCUCCUCAGGGACGGCUCAGACCCCGUGGAGGGCAUCUUCAGCGACAAGGACACCCGGAAGUUCCUUCCCCCAGGAAACCUCCGACGACUCUUCGGUCUCCAGAACGACGCAGAGUCCGACCAAUACCUGGAGCUGAUAAUCAGCGCCCACGAGGCACCCUUCUACCUCGACUUCUGCACGACCGAGGAACUUCGCGCCUUCAUCCGGAAGUUCACCGGCUGGCGGGACAUCACCAUGCUGCAGCGCACGAUGCUCCGCGCUUUUGUGCCCGACAGCGAGCUGACCCCCGUACACUUUGAUCAGAUGUAUCUUCGUGCUGGUCCGCCCACCAGUCUGACGGCGUGGGUGCCGAUCGGGGAUGUCUCGCUGGAGGCUGGCGGGCUGAUGUACUCGGAGAAGUCGACGGAUUUUGGGCAUAGAACGGAGGCCAAGUUCGGUCGAAAUGCGGGGAGUUUAACCGAUGAGGAACGUGUGUCGGCGUUCAAUGAGAACAUGAACGAUGGCGGCUUUCUGAGUCGCGAUACGGUCGCCUACGGCAAGGGAGAGGAUCGGAAGUGGUUAAUCACGGAGUAUGAGGACGGAGAUGUCAUCUUUCAUGAUCCGUUUCUAGUGCAUGCAAGUUGCAAGAAUAAAGGAUCCUGAGAGAAGGAUUCGUUUGGCCACGGAUUUGAGGUUCGUGGAUGCGAAUCAGGCGUACGAUCAGCGGUGGACGAAAGUCUGGAGACCACUCGAUGGUUUGUAGUAUGUCUGGAGACCACUC